UAGCUAUGCCAUGGGCGAGGGGCUCCCCUGUCGCCGGCUUCCCUUGCUCAUCCAGGCAGGCUAGCUCCACACAUGCCCUUUGCCCAAGGUGGGCAGGGAGAGAGGAGCCGGCCAGCAUCCAGGUGUGGGAGCCGCAGGACCAACAUCCCUGCAUGGGGCGCCUUCUCGUCCAGGCGGUGUUCCCUGCAACCAGGGCACCCAUCACCGAACUACACUCCAAAAUGCAAUGUCCUCAGCCAGGCCCAGCCCGGGGUGUGUGCCCCUGCAGACCAGCCACCCUGCCUUCCUAGGAGGUUGAAUUCCUAGAGAACUGGGGAGUCAGAGGCAGGGAAUUCCUCCUCUUCUCUCAUCUGCCCUGUCUGCUUUUCCAUGAUGACAGCUUCUCUGUCUCUGAGCUUGAAUGGGUGAAACCCAUAGGUGCACACUGCUGAUGGGUGCUCCCAGAAUGGGGGGUGUAGUGGACCAGAAGAAGGCAGGGCUGGGGGAGCAUGCUGUCCCAGGGGUGGGGGGCCCAGGGUCUGCUGGGUUCCUGUGGUGGCUACAGCACAUGCUGUAGGAAGCCGGGGCCUGUAAGAUGUAGGGUUGGGAGGUUCUCUGGAAGCUUCUGUCCUGCCGCCCUUCGUGCAUGACUGUCCUUCAGCCUCGGAGUGUCUUGCUUGCCCAUGGAGGGUCCUGCCAGGUUGCAACUCUGUUAGAAAGUGGCCCUUCUGCUUGUUCUGUGGGCAUGCAUUCUGCGGCCAUUCCGGCCACUUGACCACCAGUUAUCAGAUAUCACUCCAGGAUUUGGGGACUGGGCAGAAGGCGGGGGGCCUGUGGGAGCCAGUGCUUGUGGGCCGUUGGCCCAGUUCUGUCAUCUGAGGCUAAUGGCUCACAGGCAUUCAAUCAUACACACACACACUAACAAUCCACUCAUGCUCAUACGUACUUGCUCACACGCACUCAUGCUUACAUGUGCUUCCUCACACACAUGCUCGAGCACCCAUAUUCACAUGUGAGCACGCACAUGCUCACACACACGCUCACACACUCACACUCGCAUGCACUUGCUCACACACGCUCACUCAAACAAGCCUAGGAGCUGGGUCUGCUGUGGAAGCACUUUAACCCACAUGAGCAACAGGAAGCAGCAGGGAGCCCACCCCAGCCUCCCCUGGGUCUCAACCCACCCUUCUGACACCCCCAUGUGAGCUGGCUUUUCUGCUCAUGACCUCCUCCCUCUCUCUUCCCCUAUCUUGUCUUCCUCUUAAUAAGCCACAGUGUUUUAUGUUUUAGUUCACCUGUUUCAUUUGAUUUUUUUUUUAAUAAUUACGUUUAAGUUUUUAUUUCAUGCCCUAAGUUUUAAAGUUUUUCUAAUUUCUUAAUUUUUUGUUAUUUAUUGUUCUUUUUUGUUUUGUUUUGUUUUGUUUCUAUAUACUGUAUUUUCAGUGUUUUAACCAAACAGUUGUGGCUACUCAUGGUGAGGAAUGACGCUAAGAGUUUGGGUUCUUUGCAUUUGGAGGUCACUGUUCCCGGUUGAUGUUUAGCAGGUUGAGAGGUUUGCCAGUAGUGUCCCCAUGACGAGAUGUCCGAGUCAGGCCAGUCUUCUGCAGCCACCACACCCAGCACCACUGGCACCAAGUCCAACACGCCCACAUCCUCGGUGCCCUCGGCUGUGGUCACACCCCUCAACGACAGCCUACAGCCCCUGGGGGACUACAGCAGUGGCACCAAGAAUGGAAAGCGGGCUCGUGAGAAGCGUAACAGCCGCAACAUGGAGGUGCAGGUCACACAGGAGAUGCGCAAUGUCAGCAUAGGGAUGGGCAGCAGUGAUGAGUGGUCUGACGUCCAGGACAUCUUAGACUCUACCCCAGAGCUCGACAUGUGUCAAGAGCCACGCCUGGACCGCACCAGCAACAGCCCCACCCAGGGCAUUGUGAACAAGGCUUUCGGCAUCAACACCGACUCCCUGUACCACGAGCUGUCAACUGCCGGGUCAGAGGUCAUCGGGGAUGUGGACGAGGGGGCCGACCUGCUAGGGGAGUUCUCAGGGAUGGGCAAGGAGGUGGGCAACCUACUGCUGGAGAACUCACAGCUGCUGGAGACUAAGAAUGCUCUGAAUGUGGUGAAGAACGAUCUGAUUGCCAAGGUUGACCAGCUGUCAGGGGAGCAGGAGGUGCUGAAGGGGGAGCUGGAGGCUGCCAAGCAGGCCAAGACCAAACUGGAGAUCCGGAUCAAGGAGCUGGAGGAGGAGCUGCGGAGAGUGAAGUCUGAGGCCAUCACUACCCGACGUGAGCCCAGAGAGGAGGUGGAGGAUGUAAGCAGCUGUCUCUGUACAGAACUGGACAACAUUCCCAUGGCCCAGCGGCGCCGCUUCACACGCGUGGAGAUGGCUCGUGUGCUCAUGGAGCGGAACCAGUACAAAGAGCGGCUGAUGGAGCUGCAGGAGGCCGUGCGGUGGACUGAGAUGAUCAGAGCUUCUCGAGAGCACCCAUCUGUCCAGGAGAAGAAGAAGUCCACCAUCUGGCAAUUCUUCAGCAGGCUCUUCAGCUCUUCCUCCAGCCCACCACCAGCCAAGCGUGCCUACCCCUCAGUGAACAUCCACUACAAGUCGCCCACCACCACUGGCUUCAGCCAGCGGCGCGGCCACACCGUGUGCCAGAUCUCAGCUGGGAGCCGUCCCCUGGAGUUCUUCCCUGAGGACGACUGCACAUCGUCAGCGCGGCGGGAACAGAAGCGCGAGCAGUACCGCCAGGUGCGCGAGCACGUGCGCAACGACGACGGGCGGCUGCAGGCCUGCGGCUGGAGCCUGCCAGCCAAGUACAAGCAGCUGAGCCCCAAUGGCAGCCAGGAGGACACACGCAUGAAGAAUGUGCCCGUGCCCGUGUACUGUCGCCCCCUGGUGGAGAAGGACCCGACCAUGAAGCUGUGGUGCGCCGCAGGCGUCAACCUGAGUGGCUGGAGGCCAGGUGAUGAGGAACUUGGGAACGGGACCAAGCCAGUGCCCAGCCACGACCCCCUGACCUGCAACUGGGAGGCAGAAGGGGAGGCUUCCAGCAGCCACUCGUCUCCAGAGAAGAAGAAGGCAAAGGAGCUACACGAAAUGGACGCCACCUCCAGCCGUGUCUGGAUCCUCACCAGCACGCUGACCACCAGCAAGGUGGUGAUCAUUGAUGCCAACCAGCCAGGCACCGUGGUGGACCAGUUCACUGUCUGCAACGCCCAUGUCCUGUGUAUCUCAAGCAUCCCCGCGGCCAGUGACAGCGACUACCCACCGGGGGAGAUCUUCCUAGAUGUUGACAUGAACCCUGAGGAGCCUGGCGCUGAUGGCGUGCUAGCGGGCAUCACGCUGGUGGGUUGUGCCACCCGCUGCAACGUGCCCCGCAGCAACUGCUCCUCCCGGGGGGACACCCCGGUGCUGGACAAGGGGCAGGGGGAGGUGGCUGCUGUCAGCAAUGGGCAGGUCAACCCGGCUCAGUCCACAGAAGAGGCCACAGAAGCCAUGGAGGCACCCGAGCCCGGACCCAGUGAGCCCGAGGCAGCUGCAGUGCGCCCUGGGCCCCUCACGGAGCAUGUCUUCACUGACCCGGCCCCCAUGCCGCCACCCAGUACUCAGCCUGGCAGUGAGAACGGGCUUGAGGCUGAGGCCAGCGGUGCACAGCCAGAGCCGGAGCCCAGCGCAGGCCACACCGGGGCCAGCAGCAGCGCAGCGCCCACCAUGUGGCUGGGAGCCCAGAAUGGCUGGCUUUACGUGCACUCAGCUGUGGCCAACUGGAAGAAGUGCCUACACUCCAUCAAGCUGAAGGACUCCGUCCUGAGCCUGGUGCAUGUGAAAGGCCGCGUGCUGGUGGCCCUGGCUGACGGGACUCUGGCCAUCUUCCACCGGGGUGAAGAUGGCCAGUGGGACCUGAGCAACUACCACCUGAUGGACCUUGGCCACCCGCACCACUCCAUCCGCUGCAUGGCUGUCGUAUAUGACCGCGUCUGGUGCGGCUACAAGAACAAGGUGCAUGUCAUCCAGCCCAAAACUAUGCAGAUCGAGAAGUCGUUUGACGCCCAUCCACGGAGGGAGAGCCAGGUGCGGCAGCUGGCGUGGAUCGGUGAUGGCGUGUGGGUGUCCAUCCGCCUGGACUCUACCCUGCGGCUGUACCACGCCCACACCCACCAGCACCUGCAGGACGUGGACAUCGAGCCCUAUGUCAGCAAGAUGCUGGGCACAGGCAAGCUGGGCUUCUCCUUCGUGCGCAUCACCGCCCUGCUCAUUGCCGGCAACCGCCUCUGGGUGGGCACUGGCAAUGGCGUGGUCAUCUCCAUCCCGCUGACUGAGACUGUGGUCCUACACCGAGGUCAGCUCCUGGGGCUCCGAGCCAACAAGAUGUCCCCCACGUCUGGGGAGGGUGCCCGUUCGGGGGGCGUCAUCCACGUGUACGGCGAUGACAGCAGUGACAAGUCAGCCAGCAGCUUCAUCCCCUAUUGCUCCAUGGCCCAGGCCCAGCUCUGCUUUCACGGGCACCGUGAUGCUGUCAAGUUCUUCGUGUCCGUGCCAGGGAAUGUGUUGGCCACUCUCAACGGCAGCGUGCUCGACAGCCCAUCCGAGAGCCCUGGGGUCCCGGCCACGACCUUGGACACGGCUUUAGAUACUGCUGAGGGCCAGAAGCUGAAGAACGUGCUGGUGCUGAGUGGAGGGGAAGGCUACAUUGACUUCCGCAUCGGUGAGUCGGCCAGGCAGAGCCGGACAGAGCUGGAAGGCUGCAGGCAGGGGCCACCCCUCAUAUGUCUUCUUGCAGGUGAUGGUGAGGAUGACGAGACCGAGGAGGGCGGGGGAGAUGUGAGCCAGGUGAAGCCCAUGCUGUCCAAGGCGGAGCGAAGCCACAUCAUCGUGUGGCAGGUCUCCUACACCACCGAGUGAGCUGCCACAGCUGCCAUGUACAUAGAGCGUCUGCCUGCUGCGGCCACCCCCCCAACCUCUCAACUGCAGCUUUCGCCUUAGGUCUGGGCCCCUCGGCAGGCAGUGUGGUGGCACAGGUUAGGCCAGGAAGGAGUGGCCGCAGGUGGCAUCCAGGAGGGACCCUCUUUCCCAGCAGCUCCUGGCCAACACCAGCCCGCAGUCCUCAAGCCCCAGGGUACCACAGGGCUGGGGUUCCAGGGUGGGCCUGGCUGUGGGGAGUCCCUUCAGGUGACUCCAGCUCUGCUCCUGGGCCCCACUCCACUCAUCCCAGGUAUUUCCCAGGGCUGGCAGCUCACUUGGCCUUUGGACCCCCAGGCAUAGGGGGUCUGAAUCUGUCUCCUGCCGCCGGGGUGGAAUACCGACUGUGACCCAGACGCUGGCACUGCUUAAGGAAGCUGGGCCCUGACCAUUGCCCGGAGAGGCAGGGCUCAGGCCACCUGGUGCCUGGACCCCCAGCUAGCCUUCCCUGGGUCUUCCCUAACCCCUCGGCCCUCACCUUCCACUUCCUGUUGCCCAAGGACAGUGGCUGGAAGGGACAUAGCACCCCUCCCCUGCCCCCCAGGUUCUCCCACGCCAGAGUGCACCCCCUUGUAGGUACUGGGCCUGCCCUUCCCCAAGCCCCCAGUAUGGGAUUUCCCAGGCCACCAGGGCCACCCAGCUUCAGGAAUAAGGGGGGACCAGCAGCCCCCACUCUGGGGUCAGUGCAGGACUAAGGCCAGCCUCAGGUUGAUGAGGACGAUGGUGUGCUCCCAGGUCUGCCUUGUGGAGCCCAGGCGAGGGCCCAGCUCAACUUGUGAUUAAGUGCCUGGGGCUGCCAUGUGGCCCAGUCUUCCUGAGGGCAGCUGGCAGAGGCUGUGGAGCAGAGUCUGAGGGCUCUAGGUGUGUGGGGGGUGGGGGUGGGCUCAGCUCCAAGGGGUGCCUCCCCAGACCACCUCCCCAGUGGACAGGCCUUGCUUGCCUCCCCCACCCCCCCAGGCCCAGGCCUUACUCUUGCCCCGUGUACAAGGCACUGAAUCAGGGCAGCCUGCUCCACUGCCCUCCCUCCAACCGAGAAGCACAGACCUUGGUAGCCCCCCUCCCUGCCCAGUUGGCUGCUGUGGCACCCAAGGGGCAUUGCAGACUUCUCCUACCGCCUGCCCUCUUUCCACUGUGACAUAUGUAAAGUCCCUUGUCUGUCCCCAAAGGAUCAUGAAGUGAUGGGGUGAGUGGGUGGGCACCUGGAGAAGGGCCAUGGAAUGAUUCUCUCUAAGUUUUGGCCCUGCAAGUGACCCAUAUACCUGUUCUAUAUGUAAUAAAUGUCUCUACACUGUCUUUCUGUUGCUGCACCAAGCCAGCAUGGUGCUAUCUUCACUUUAUUGUGAAAGAUGAAAUGGCUGGACCACACCUGGGGCCCAGAAGCCUGGGCUGUAUUUCCAAGUGUGCUGUAAGCACUGGGGACAGGGGGAGGGUCUGACCCUUCUGAGCAGCUCAUGGAGCAAGGAUGCCUUAUCUCAGAUGGGGCUUGGGUAAGGGCUUGGCGGGUCUUGCCCCGGGGGAAGGCCAUGAGUGUACAUGGCCUCUGUCAAAGAUGGGAGUUAAUGCACCAGCAGAGACGGGUUGGGGCCCAGCUGUCUGCGCCAUGUUGCCAUGUCCACCCAGCUGUGCACAGGCCCUAGAGUACUAGCAUCGGCAGGGCUGGGCCGCCCUCAGUGGGCUACUCAUACAGCCAGUGUGCGGCGCUAUCCUCCCAGCACAGGAGCUCCUGGCCGCGGAACCACAGGGCAAUCUCGCAGCCCGCACUCUCCACCGAGUCGCUGCUGUGAAUCAUGUUCCUGUGGGGAAGAGCGUGGGUCCUGUGGGGUUGGCCACCGGCAGAGCCUCGACCAGGCUGAGGUGGGGGUCGGAAAGGGGCUCAGGCUGCUUCGCGCGGGCUUGAACAAUCUCGACACAGAAAUCCCCUCGAACGGUGCCCGGCGCGGCAUUGGCCGGGUCUGUGGCCCCGAUAAACCCCCGCAAAGUGUGC